UACCUACCUACCUACUGUACCUGUAGGUAGCGCUCCCUUACUGACUUACAUGUACCGAUGUACCUGUACCUCGACUACCAGGAGUAGUUUACUCUGUAUAGUACCGACCAAACUACGCCAUAUUUUUGUCGCAACCUGUUCGUCCAUCCCGUCCGUCUCUGUCUUGUGGACAAGCCCGACCUCGCAAUCUUCACUUUCGGAGCUCUUCCACCUUUUCCCUUUUCCUUUUCUUUUCUCUUAUUUCCUCGCCUCAUACCCUCUCCACUCAUCUCUCACUAUAAUAGCUAUUACCAGCUCUCCCUGCCCUCCUCCCUGCCUUCCUCUCCCCUGUCCUUCCUUGCCUCGGUCCGGCCCAUUGCUCUUCCCGCGCACAUAUUGAUCCACCAUGGGUGCCAUCGACAGCGAGUUCAAGCGUCUACACGAUGUUGUGACCAGCUUAGAGGAGCGCGUGAAGCGCUUAGAACAGCGUCAAUCCGGAGAGCCCUUAACGACCGAAAGCAUUCGCAUGAUUUUGAUCGGCCCUCCCGGAGCUGGAAAGGGAACUCAGGCACCCAAGAUCAAGGAGAAGUUCUCCUGCUGCCACCUGGCCACCGGUGAUAUGCUGCGAUCCCAGGUUGCUAAGAAGACUGCUCUCGGCCGGGAAGCCAAGAAGAUCAUGGACGCUGGUGGUCUCGUCAGCGACGACAUCGUCAUUGGCAUGAUCAAAGAAGAGCUAGCUACCAACACGGAAUGCAAGGGAGGUUUCAUCCUUGACGGUUUCCCUCGCACCGUGGCGCAGGCUGAGUCGCUUGACAAGAUGUUGGCAGAGAAGGACCAGAAACUGCAACAUGCAGUUGAGCUGCAGAUUGAUGACGCGCUCCUUGUAGCACGCAUCACAGGCCGGUUGGUGCACCCUGCUUCUGGCCGCUCGUACCACCAAAUCUUCAACCCGCCCAAGGAGCCCAUGAAGGAUGACUUGACUGGCGAGCCUCUGAUCCAACGCUCUGACGAUAACGCCGAUGCCCUCAAGAAGCGUCUCGCCACCUACCACGUCCAGACAUCUCCUGUUGUCGGCUAUUACAAGAACACCGGCAUUUGGAAGGGCAUUGACGCCAGCCAGGAGCCUGGUCAGGUCUGGAACAGCCUUCUUAAAAUCUUUGGCGAGAACGAGAAGAAGUCUGGUAUCCUAAGCAAGUUGAAAGGCCAAUAGACUCUAACGAGUUUAACAAGCCAAUAUGAAGGAUCGAAUCCCUCUGUUGGCGACCUGACUACCCUGGGGCGGCCUCGUUCCAAUUACUAGAGACAGGACGAAGGCCAGUUGCGGGCCAAAGUCUGUUAUAAGACAACGGCGUCAAGGAAAAAUAGACAAACUGCGUUUGACUUGACAUAACGAACACCAGCACUUGGAGAGCUAGGAACGGCAAACGUGGAUAAGGAGAGGGGGGCGUGGGAAACCGCGUCUCGACGAUUUGUAUCAUACUUACCACUUUCGUCCAGCUUGUAGUGGAUGUAUGUAAAAUGAUUAAUUAAAGACUUAUGAAUUUCACGCAACUUGAAGAUUUAUAAAUGCUCAGCGCGAUUUACUGAGGCAUUUCGAUGCGCCAAGCAAGUCCUUUUAGGCUGCAGCGAACGCAUGAGCAUUUACAGAUAGAUUAUGCACUGCGCAAUUCUGCAUGAACACCUUGUGCAG